AUGGAGCAGGAAGCAAUAUCUCAAUCGCAGCCCCACAGGCCAACGGAUACAAGUUCAAGUAACAAAGAGACAGAUGAUCGAAUUACUGAGGUUCUACCCCAGAAGCACGAUGUUGAGACAGGUUCGACCGCCGAUAGUGCUCAAGCAGGAGUACAGCGAGCAGCAAUACUACAAAAGACGUGGUCUAAAAAGGGGAUGAUAAUUACAUUUAUGGGUCUCUUUCUAUACACACUCGCGACACACUUCGGAGAUUAUUCUAGCCAGGUUUACAUUCCAUACACCACAAGUUCCUUUAAGAACCACUCCUCGAUGAGUGCAGCAAGAGUUGCUAGUAACAUCGCAAGUAUCACUGCAUAUCCUAUUAUUGCUAAACUUGGAGAUGUAUUCGGGAGAGGGGAGAUGUUCACCUUUUCGAUCCUGAUCACCACAUUGUGCUAUGUCAUUUAUGCUGCAUGCACGAAUAUAUCGCAAUAUGCUAUUGCUGCAGUCUUUCACUCUAUUGGUUCCACCGGCUUCGGUCUCACACAGCAGGUCUUUAUUGCCGAUGUUACAAACCUGGUCAACCGUGGUCUAUGGUCCACGUUACCGGACUCGAUCUCUACCAUACCAACACUAUACCUUGGCACGACAAUUGGGCAAUCGGUGUUGGACCACUCCACAUGGCGCUGGGGCUGGGGCAUGUGGGCUAUCGUACUACCUGUAUGUGGUCUUCCACUACUGGGUUCCGUAUUCUUCCAUCAACACCAAGCAAUAAAAAACGGGCUUGGGAAAAAGCGCCUUGCUGCUCAGCUCGGAUUGAACGCUUCCCAGCCAUGGUGGAAACAGGCAUACGAACUAUUAUGGGUUCAGCUCGACCUCCCAGGUGCUCUGCUUCUUCUAGCAGGGUUGGCUUUAACAUUGAUACCUAUUUCCUUGACAGGAGCGAAUCGAAGUGAUCGUUGGCAGAGUGCUACAUUCAUUGCAUUACUCGUCGUCGGCAUUGUACUCCUUGUUCUCUUUGCUCUGUGGGAUAUUUUCGUGGCCAAGAAGCCAUUUAUCCCGUACAGGAUGGUCAGGAGUAAGACUGUUGCUGCUGCGUGUUUGUUAGGAGCCUUGGACUUUCUCCAUUACUCCAUGUUCACCGUGUUCUACAGCAGUUACCUUCAAGUGGUGGGUGGCUAUUCCCCCGGACAUGCAACUAGAAUUGAUAACGCCCUCCGCGUAUCCUUCCAAGCCUCAGGCAUCUUCGCCGGUCUUUUCAUGAAAUAUACCAAGCGGUCGCAAAUCUGGGUGCUAAUUGGCGCUCCUCUCUGCGUCCUUGGCAUGGGCAUCCUUCUCUAUCUAAUCGACAUGGGAGACGGUAAAAUGGGCAACGAGGCAUCUUUCGUGACAGCAAAAGCACUAAUUGGUAUCGGACGCGGAUUCUACCAAACCGCAUCGCAGGUCUCAGCGCAAGCUGUAGUAACCAAGCAAGAGAUAUCCGUCGUGACGGCUGUCUUCUUCGCCUCCAUGGGAGUAGGCGGGGCGAUUGGGACCAGUAUAUCUGGAGCAAUAUGGAGAAACAACCUUCCCACGAAGUUACGACAAUACCUUCCCGAGGAACUAAAGCCGCAAGCAAUGGCUAUCUUCCAGUCUAUUGUCACGGCGAAGAAGUAUGCUAAGGGGACGCCAGCCAGGGAGGCUAUUGAUCGCAGUUAUCGGGAGACACAACGCCUUCUGGCUAUUGGGGGGCUGUGUGCUGUUUCACCGAUGCUUAUUGUUAUGUUCUUCUUGAAGAAUGUACAUCUUGAUAAGCGAGAUAAUGUGGUUGGGGAUGCGGAGGAAAGGUUAGAUAAAGUAGAGGGUGAAUCAGGGAAGCAGGUGUCUUGA